ACAACUCUUUCCUUUAUAUAUAACUUUUAAACAUUAUUUUUUUAAAAACUUUUAAACAAAACCCCAAGUCAUUUGACUGAAUUCUAAUGAAGUAUUAUACUAAUAUAAUGUUCCUUGGGGUUUAUAACGUCUCAAUUUUGGAGGUGGGCAUCUUAUUUUACAUAUUCCAGCGGUAUCUUCUUGUCUCCUAGCCUGAACUUCUUCUCUAUUUUUUUCAAAAAAUAUAACAUCAAAUUUUCAAAUUAUUAUAUUUUUUUCCACCCCUCUAAAUUUCCACCCAUUUUUCUUUUUCCUUUUUUUAUUUUUAUUUUUGUUUCCUCCUUUUUAUUACUUCAACUAUAUCCCAACUCCAAGUAAUAUAAUCCCAUAUUUCUCAUCCCUCCAAAAAAAAAAAAAAAAAAAACCUCAAAACCUCUCUUUUUUCAUAAUGGGAAAAGCUACUAGAUGGUUGAAAGGGAUAUUUGGGAUUAAACCAAACACAAGUAAAUACAAUACAAAUGACCAUUAUGAUUCCGGUGACCGGAAAAGGUCAAGCUUCGGUGGGUCCAACCGUGAUUCCGGUAAUAAAAAAGGGUUGUGUAAUAAUCCGGCAACCGUGCCACCCAAUAUAACUAGUUCGGAAGCAGCUUGGUUAAAGUCUUACUAUCAAGACUCUGAAAAGGAACAAAGUAAACAUGCUAUUGCUGUUGCUGCAGCCACUGCCGCAGCAGCCGAUGCGGCAGUGGCUGCAGCUCAAGCUGCUGUCGCAGUUGUUCGUCUUACGAGUCAUGGACGAGGAACCAUGUUUUCUGAUAGUUGUAGUGGUGCCGGUGGUGGUGGUAAUGUUGAGAAAUGGUCGGCUAUGAAAAUUCAAGCAACGUUUCGUGGAUAUUUGGCGAGAAAAGCACUAAGAGCAUUGAAAGGACUAGUAAAGAUCCAAGCAUUAGUAAGAGGAUAUUUGGUUAGAAAACAAGCCACGGCAACUCUUCAUGGUAUGCAAGCACUCAUUAGGGCUCAAGCUACCGUAAAGUCCAAACGGGCUCAAGGCCGGUAUCCGAAUCACGAGUUUUCCGGUCUUUCUCAACCCGAUUUUAGAGCCCGAAGAUCUUUGGAAAUAUAUGAUGACACAAGAAGUGAGCAUGGAUCAUCAAUACACAGCAGGAGGCUAUCCGCAUCCUUUGAAAGCAGGACCAUGAAUCCAAUAUCCGAAGACAUACCCAAGAUAGUCGAGGUGGACACGGGCCGGCCCAGAUCAUCAUCGUCGAGAGGGUGGAGAUCAAAUAACAGCCCCGGGCCUAGGCUCGAACCCGGUGAUCUCGACCCGUUCUACCCGCCCCGGAUAUCGAUCCCGUGCUGCCAGCAUUGGCACGACACCGAAUGGGGCCUAACGGGGGACGAAUGCCGGUUCUCAACGGCCCAGAGCACGCCCCGGUUCAUGAACACGGGUGGGCCAAACCCGGGCCCGGUGACCCCGUCGAAAAGUGUAUGUGGGGAUAACAAUAGUUACUUCUUACGGCACUACGGAAAUUACCAUCAUAACCCUAAUUACAUGGCAAAUACACAGUCAUUUAGGGCAAAGGUGAGGUCCCAAAGUGCCCCAAAGCAGAGGCCAGAGGCAGGGUACCCUAAGAAGAAAGUGUCCUUAAAUGAGAUGAUGGAGUCUAGAAAUAGUCUAAGUGGUGUAAAAAUGCAAAGGUCAUGUUCCCAAGUACAAGAUGCCAUUAAUUUUAAGAAUGCUGUUAUGGGUAAACUUGGGAGGUCUUAUGACUUAGCUAGAGAGGCUGAGGUAUACCACUUGCAAAGGGAAUAAAAAAAAAAAUCAUAAAAUUUUGUCAUAAUGUAGAAGUAUGUACCAAUUUAAUUUGGUGCAAUUUUAUUAUUAUUAUCUUUGAUAAUA